UAAAAAACUAAAUUUCAGUUGGUCUUUUUAUCUCCUCUUCUCCUCUCUGUCUGUUUUAUUUUAUUUUCUCAUCGUUUCUCGCAUCUCUCUUUCUAUCUAAACAGCAUCAUAACUCUCCUCUUCUUGCUAAGAAAUGGAGAUGUCAAUGGAGGAUUCGUGCUCUCAUACUGUAAUGCUUUCCAUGGCUCGCGUCUCCCUUUCUGUGGCUGUACGGACUCGACGGUCUCAACCGAAUUCUCCUAUACAGACUCCAAUACGAAUAUGUAAAGUUAGAUUUGACUGAACGCUCUGGUUUAGUUUCUUUUCAAGUUGUUUCUUUGGUUUUUUACAUUUCUUUUUUCUUGUGGACCUGGAACUCCAAGAAUUGAAGAUUUCUUAGGGUUUUCUUUUGAAUUUUGGUGCCUUUAAGUUUCGAUUUCAUUUACAUGUUGGAAUUUGGAGAAACUUAGUGGUAAUAGAGAUCUAAUUUUCGAAAUUCAGGGCUUCUAUGAGGCUGUUGUGUAAUUUGAGCUCCUUAGGGUUUCAUGUGACGCCUGAAAGCUUUAUAUACGCAGUCUUGUUAAAGGGGUCCAAUGGACUUCCUGGAAUCUGAAUUUUAGGUGUCAGGAACGGUAUCGUGAGAUUUGAAUAUUCUAUUUGGGUAUUUGGUUCUAUAGCGUUCUCUCAAAAAACAAAAAUUGAAUUUGCAAAUUUAAGUUUGGGGCAAUUUGAAGGAGUGAAGUGUGCAACUCAAUUAAAUUUGAGAAUUUUUUGUGAAAAGUUUCUCGAUGGCGGGAAGGUGGGAAUUGGGGUUGCCAAAGAUGGGCUCCAGCAGUUUAAAGGAGCAGUUAGCUAGAACCACUCUUCACAAUGUGAGAUCGAAAGGACAUCCCUAUGUGGAGCUUCGUGAGGAUGGGAAGCGGUUCAUAUUCUUUUGUACUUUGUGUCUUGCACCAUGUUACAGUGAUUCUGUGUUGUUUGAUCACUUGAAGGGUAAUCUUCACACUGAGAGGUUAUCUGCUGCUAAGCUUACUCUCCUGAAACCAAAUCCAUGGCCUUUUAGUGAUGGUGUUCAUUUCUUUAUUAAUUCAAUUGAGAAUGAGAGACAAUUGGCUAUCACAAGUGGCAAUCACAGUAGAUUGUUGGAGUCUAACAGCAAUUGUGACAAUCUAGCUAUUGUGAAGUAUGAUGCAAAUUUGAGAUCCACUGGCAAUGGGCAUGUUGGAUACAAUAAGGAUUUGAAUGGAAAUGGAGUAACUUUUCAUCUAGUGAUUCCAGGUGUACUUGUUAAGGAUGAAAUUUCUGACUUGAAAGCCAGGUUUGUGGGUUCUGGACAAAUUGCUGCAAGGUUCUGUGAGAAGGAUGGCAAUAUAUGUGAGAUUAGUAGGAUAUGGUGUGAGUGGUUAGGGGAAAAUAAUCCUGUUGAUGAGGACAAGGUCAAGGUUUUGGAUCAUGAGUUUGCUGUCCUGACUUUUGCUUAUAAUUAUGAUUUGGGAAGAAAGGGGUUGCUUGAUGAUGUAAAGUUGUUACUCUCAUCUAGUUCUACAUUAGAGUUAGAGAAUGGGGAGGGGACUAAUAGAAAAAGGAAAAAUUCUUUUUCUGACCCUGAGGAUAUCAGUGAGUCUUUGAGUAAUCACUAUUAUUCAUCUGGUGAAGAAUCUUCGGCUUCAAAUGGUGGCUCUUCUAGAUUGCUGUUGGAUCAAUAUGAUGACCAGCUUCUUCAUUCAAGGUAUAUAUCAAACAAGGCCAUAAGGCGAGAGUUGAGACGGCAACAUCGCAUAGCAGCGGAAAGAAUGUGUGACAUCUGUCAGCAAAAGAUGCUUCCGGAGAAAGAUGUAGCAACACUUAUAAACAUGAAGGCAGGAAAACUUGCUUGCAGUAGCAGAAAUGUGAAUGGGGCAUUUCAUGUUUUUCAUACUUCCUGUAUCAUACAUUGGAUGCUUCUCUGUGAGUAUGAAACAGCUCGAAAUCAAUCAGUUGGUCCAAAAGCAAGAAGAAGAUCUAAAAGAAAGAAUGGAGCUAAAUCCAACAAAGUGGGCAAGGACGGAAAGGUGAAAGCAUUAAAAAGCCAAAUUGAUUCUGUUUUCUGCCCAGAGUGCCAGGGCACUGGGGUGAAGAUUGAGGAAGAUGAGCUGGAGAUGCCAACAAUCCCUCUUUCGGAGAUGUUCAGAUAUAAGAUUAAAGUGAGUGAUGGAUGCAGAGCAUGGAUGAAAAGUCCUGAAGUACUGCAAAAUUGUUCAACGGGUUUUCAUUUUCCUUCCCAAUCAGUGGAACCUGUUCAGGAAAAGGUGUUGCCGCUGAAAUUGUUGCAUUUCUACAGGGCUGAUGUGUAGAGUUUGGCACAAGCAAGCCCCAGUUUCUGAAUCUUGUAUUUUACUUUAUUUUCGUUGGUAGGAUGUAGGUUUGUCUGUAGCAUAAUAGUGAUGACCCUUAUUAAGAAAUGGAUAAUAUGGGUGGUAGAAAUAGGGUUAUGAAGUCAUAUAGCUUUGUGGAUAGCCGUCUUGUAUGGCAAUGAAUAGGCCUGUUGUCUAACCAGGGUUGGGGGAGUACAUGGGUGUACAUUGCUGACAUUUGUCUGCUCUGUAAAUGAGUUGUAAUGGUUCGACUCUCAAAUGUUGAAAAUUUGAGCGUAUCUCUUCUUUAUUAUAGUAAAUAAAUCAAGCUAAAUAAUUUUUUAA